UGCGGCUCAGUUGGGCUGCAGCCAGGGCCCCGCGGCCACCUCCUCGGGCAGAAUGGAGCAGCCUGCGCCCAGGGCUCCGGAUCCCUCUCUCUGCCACCACAACCUCCAGCCAACAGAUGACACCAGCUGGGAUUCCUAUGCUACCACUAUGAGGACUGCGUUCACGCCGAAAGCAGCAGUGGUGCCUGCUUCAAUUCGCCAAAACAGUAUCAGAAGAUUAGGAUACACCUAUUCACUUAGCGAUCCUAUUCUCAAUCAGACACAAUAUAAUGAUGAGUACACUUGGAAAUCAUACUCUAAAGAAGAUUUGAUCAAAACUGAGACUUCAGGAGGAAUCAAGAGCCAAAAAACUCAUCUCAAUGAAGACAUUUUCCUGUGGACACUACCUCGCUGUCAACCAAAGAGGACACUAAGGAACUGCCUCCCUUGGAAAGUCUCUGCUUCAAUGAAAGAAGUUAACCAGGCACUAUCAAAUCAGUUUAUUUCCCUUACUAAGAGAGACUUUGUGGACAGAGCGAAAGCUCAGAAGAUUAAGAAAAGUUCUCGCCUGUCUCUGGAAUGGAAAAAGUUCCUUCCCCAACCUCCAGACACUGAAUUCCGAAGGAAUUACCAAAUUCCAGCUAAAAUUCCCGAGCUUCAGGAUUUCAGUUUCAAAUACGGAUGCUAUGCAAGCUUGCCCGUUGCUUCUCGGGGUGUAGUGCCCUCUGUGCUGCACAGCUACCUGAGGAACCAAGAGCUUAUGAAGAAGCAGACCACAUACCAACGCGACUACGAUGGAACCUACCUGGAUUUCUUAAUGCUUUUAAACUCAUUUACUUCCUCUCAAGUCAAAAAGUACCUUCAGAGUGUUUCCUACAAAGAUAGACAAAUUCUUGAUCGCUUUAUUUGUACUCACUGUGACACUAACAAAAAGGAGAAAUGAAAAGGGAAAAUAGUUCAAAUGAAGAAAAUCUGAAAAUCAACGGAAGCACGAGAACCUUCCUAGUCAUUUUCUCAAUUAUCAACAAAAAAUCAGAUGCAAAUAGCU